AGGCGGACCGCGGGGCGGCGGGCGGCGCGCGCGCGCCCGAGAGGCGGCUGUUGGAGAAGUGGAGCGGCGAUCGCGGGGGGAGGAGGAGGAGGAGGGACUGAGCGGCGGCGGCCCCCGCGUCCCGGUGCCUCUAUGGGGAAAGCAGACAAUGGAUUAUGAUUUCAAGGCGAAGCUGGCGGCGGAGCGGGAGCGGGUGGAGGAUUUGUUUGAGUACGAAGGGUGCAAAGUGGGACGCGGCACCUACGGGCACGUCUACAAGGCGAGGCGGAAAGAUGGGAGAUGGCGAGCUGGAUUCUGUAUUGAGAACGCCUAUCCUUCGUCCUGUAGGGCAGACGGGCUCUAGGACAGGUGGAACCAGCUGCCGGCGAAGGAUUCCAGGAGGGCUUCGUGUAUGGACCUCAAGCGUUGGAGGUAGCAGACUUUUCAGCAGAAGAAAAGAUGAAAAGGAAUAUGCAUUGAAGCAAAUUGAAGGCACAGGAAUAUCCAUGUCGGCUUGUAGAGAGAUUGCACUUUUGCGAGAAUUGAAGCACCCUAAUGUGAUCGCAUUGCAGAAGGUGUUCCUUUCUCACAGUGACAGGAAGGUGUGGCUGCUCUUUGAUUAUGCAGAACAUGAUUUGUGGCACAUUAUUAAGUUUCACCGUGCAUCAAAAGCAAAUAAAAAGCCCAUGCAGUUGCCAAGAUCUAUGGUCAAAUCAUUACUUUACCAGAUUCUUGAUGGUAUCCAUUACCUCCAUGCAAAUUGGGUGCUUCACAGAGAUCUGAAACCAGCAAAUAUCCUAGUAAUGGGAGAAGGUCCUGAAAGGGGGAGAGUCAAAAUAGCGGACAUGGGUUUUGCCAGAUUGUUCAAUUCUCCUCUAAAGCCACUAGCAGAUUUGGAUCCAGUAGUUGUGACUUUUUGGUAUCGGGCUCCAGAACUUCUGCUUGGUGCAAGACAUUAUACAAAGGCCAUUGAUAUAUGGGCAAUAGGUUGCAUAUUUGCUGAAUUGUUGACUUCAGAACCUAUUUUUCACUGUCGUCAGGAAGAUAUAAAAACAAGCAAUCCCUUUCAUCAUGAUCAACUAGAUCGGAUAUUUAGUGUCAUGGGGUUUCCUGCAGAUAAAGAUUGGGAAGAUAUUAGAAAGAUGCCAGAAUACCCUACACUUCAGAAAGACUUUAGAAGAACAACGUAUGCCAACAGUAGCCUCAUAAAGUACAUGGAGAAACACAAGGUCAAGCCUGACAGCAAAGUGUUCCUCUUGCUUCAGAAACUCCUUACUAUGGAUCCAACCAAGAGAAUUACCUCAGAGCAAGCUCUACAGGAUCCCUAUUUUCAGGAGGACCCCUUGCCAACGUUAGAUGUGUUUGCUGGCUGCCAGAUUCCAUACCCCAAACGAGAAUUCCUUAAUGAAGAUGAACCUGAAGAGAAAGGUGACAAGAACCAGCAGCAGCAGCAGAACCAACAUCAGCAGCCCGCAGCUCCCCCGCAGCAGGCAGCAGCGCCCCCGCAGGCGCCCCCGCCGCAGCAGAACAGCACCCAGACCAACGGGACCGCGGGCGGGGCCGGGGCGGGCGCCGGGGGUGCGGGAGCCGGGCUGCAGCACAGUCAGGACUCGGGCCUCAAUCAGGUGCCUCCGAACAAGAAGCCCCGCCUCGCGCCCUCGGGCGCCAACUCCGGCGGGCCCGUUAUGCCGGCAGAUUAUCAGCACUCCAGUUCUCGCCUGAAUUACCAAAGCAGCGUUCAGGGAUCCUCCCAGUCCCAGAGCACACUCGGCUACUCCUCCUCGUCCCAGCAAAGCGCGCAGUACCACCCGACUCACCAGGGCCACCGCUACUGACCGCCGCGGCCCAGGGCACAGACCCCAGCAAUAUGAUGUCCGCAUGGAAAGCAACCAAAAAUGCAGACGAUGCUGCCGUUUAAAACUCACCCACUUGGGCGGAAGACUACAUACUGAGCAUUUUGCAGGACGGACGGACGUCUCUUCUUUACUGACUUAAAGAAGAUUUUUGUGAAGUUUCCCCGACACCCUUUCCCUGCAUGUGUUCCAUUGUGACUUUGAUACAGCGUCUGAUCUAAUCCCAGCACUUAACUUCUGUAACCUUCAGCAUUUUUUGGAAGGAUUUCCUGGUGCACCUUUCUCAUGCUGUAGCAAUCACUAUGAUUUAUCUUUUCAAAGCUCUUUUAAUAGGAUUUUAAUGUUUUAGAAACAAGACUCCAGUGGUGUAUAGUUUUCUACUUCAUGAACUGAUCUAGCAACACAGGUAAAAAUGCACCUUUUAAAGCACUACGUUGUUUUCACAGAAUAUGACUGUUUUGCUCAUGGAAGUCUUAAACAGAAACUGUUACUGUCCCAAAGUA